AUGGAGCCCGCCCUCAUCUUCGAUGACAUGGUUCAGAAUGGACGACCGAGAAGCGCGAGGACUAUGCGGUUUAGGAGCCGAGACCAGGACGGUAUGGAGGAUGAGGGCGAAAUCACAUACUGGCUGCCGGACGAAGCCAGCCAGCGAGGAGCUUAUCGAGGCUUUGCUGGCCGCGACGACGCUAGACAUCGUGAAGAAAUUGUGAGAGCUCUCAAUGCUGGUCGACGGCAAGGUGUACAGUAUGGCCGCAACCAGGGCAUGCUGUAUGGCCGGCAACAAGGAAUGCAGUACGGUCGGCAGCAGGGAAUGCAAUAUGGCCGACAGCUAGGUCUGCAGCAAGGCGUUCAGUAUGGUCGCCAACAGGGCAUGCAGUAUGGCAGACAGCAGGGCAUGCAGUACGGCCACCAACAAGGAUUCCAGCAGGGGCGCCGCCAGGGCGUCCAGUACGCGCAGGGCUACUUGCAUCACGGAGAGCAGCUGGGCUAUGUGAGAGGCCGAUCGGAAGGGUAUGAAGACGGGUACGAGCGUGGACACCACUACGGACAUCUUGAAGGCCGCGACCUCUGGGGACCAGACAUCGGCGCUAUACAGCGCGAGCGAGAACAGCAGCGGGCUCAGCAGCAGCGGCCUCGCAACGGCGUCGUUGACCACGGAUACGUUUUCCAGGGGUAUGAAGAGGCUGGUGAUGAGGAUGACGAGGAGUCAACGGGGGGCAGGCGUUUAAAUGGUCCACGUAGUCAGCGGCUUCUUCGGGAGCGUAGUGCCUCAAUGGCUUCCAGCCGUCGGCAUUCAAUUCACCAGACGGGACAGCACCAGAUUGGAGGAAUUCGGUUCGGAGAGCGGGGGAUGUUGGGGGCGAACUGGGACCAUCAGCAAUGGUAG